AAUGUCCUCUUCGUUUUGACUUCUGGGAAAUUUCUAUCUCAACUUGCGAGUGACACGUGGAUCGAUCCCAUUGGGGGUGGGAACCGAGCGACGGUUUUUUCGGUUAUGCAGAGGGAAAAUUCUUCGAUUUCAAAACGCGCACACGAUCCACUUUCUUCUUCCUUCCCUAUGUCUCUGCAAGUGCACUCUGGUAGCACCCUCUCUCUCUCUCUCUCUCUCUCUCUCUCUCUUCUGUGACUCCAUAGUCUUCAGGACGUUGAUUCAGGAGAAUUGUGUCGGCAUCCAUGGAGGAUCGGCAGGACAGGCAGAGCGAUGAGGCCACGCUGAUGGGACAAGAUGGGCAUGGCCAUGAAAAGGAAAAGGGCGUGAAGAUUCUCACCGAUGAGGGGGAUUUCUCCUUGCUGGAACCCGCGGCGUCCCCAGGAUUCUCCCCGCGGCCCUUCGACAAGCCCCUCCCGUGCUUCGGUUGUGGCAUCGGUUGGUUCUCGUUUCUCCUGGGGUUUGUGUUCCCUCCAUUCUGGUACUAUGCUACGGUUCUCUACUUUGGCAAUCACCAUCUCAAAGACCCAAGGGAAAGGGCUGGACUAGCCGCAUCUGCAAUUGCAGUAAGGAAGCAAAUCCAUAAGCUUUGAUCUCAACAGUGGCUAUCCUGAUUUCUCUGCUCACGGUGUUCUUUCCGCGCGCCUUUCAGCGACACUGAUUAGGACAAGGAAUAGAAGCUGUGGACACCCACAUCAGACUCGACUGGCAAGUGGCCGACGAGUGGAUUAUUAUUGGAAAGCUUGAAUUUUUUUUAAUCCUUUCAUAUCAA